AUGUCUCAUAAUUAUCAUUUUGAUGUAACAAUGUCAUGUUCAGGAUGUUCAGGAGCUAUUGAAAGAGUAUUAGGAAGAUUAGAUAAUACAAAAGCAAAUAUUUCAUUAGAAAAACAAACUGUUGAUGUUUUAACUGAUAAAGAUUAUGAUACUAUUUAUAAUACAAUUCAAAAAACUGGUAAAAAAAUAAAUGAUGGUAAAAUUAUUAGUUAA